UGAAAAGUGACGUCGACGUAACCAACGCAGCGUUCCCAAGAUGGUGCUGGAAAGUACUAUGGUCUGUGUUGACAACAGUGAGUACAUGCGAAAUGGAGACUUCCUCCCCACCAGACUACAGGCCCAACAGGAUGCGGUCAACAUUGUGUGCCACUCCAAGACCCGAAGCAAUCCGGAGAACAAUGUGGGCCUCAUCACACUUGCUAAUAACUGUGAAGUGUUGACUACUCUGACCCCUGAUGCGGGAAGGAUUCUGUCCAAACUGCACGCGGUCCAGCCACUUGGCAACAUAAAUUUCUCUACUGGUAUCAGAGUGGCCCAUCUGGCUCUGAAACACAGACAGGGUAAAAACCACAAGAUGAGGAUCAUCGCCUUUGUGGGAAGCCCCGUGGAGGACACGGAGAAAGACCUGGUGAAGAUGGCCAAGCGUCUGAAAAAGGAAAAAGUCAGCGUGGACAUCAUAAACUUUGGAGAAGAGGAGGUGAACACAGAGAAGCUGACCGCCUUUAUAAACACGCUGAACGGCAAAGAGGGCACCGGCUCUCACCUGGUGACCGUGCCCCCAGGCCCGAGCCUGGCAGACGCUCUGCUUUCCUCCCCUAUCCUGGCUGGCGAGGGUGGCACCAUGAUGGGACUGGGCACCAGCGACUUCGAGUUUGGGGUGGACCCAAGUGCUGACCCUGAGCUGGCCCUGGCUUUGAGGGUGUCUAUGGAAGAGCAGAGGCAGCGCCAGGAGGACGAGGCGCGCAGGGCGACGGUGGUCUCCGCUGCAGAGGCGGGGCUUCCCUCCCCUACUGCUGAGGAGUCGGACAGUGCCCUUUUGAAGGUGUCUGUGCCUGUCCCCGAUGCCGUCACCCCUGCCUUGCCGGACUUCAGCCGGAUGACCGAGGACGAGCAGAUCGCCUACGCCCUGCAGAUGUCCAUGCAGGGGGCAGGAGGAGAGUUCGGUGGUGCAGAGGCUAUGGAUGUAGACGCAGGAGCUGCCAUGGACACCACUGAAGGAGCUAAGGAUGAAGAGGACUAUGACGUGAUGCAGGACCCAGAGUUCUUGCAAAGUGUCCUAGAGAACCUUCCAGGUGUCGACCCCACUAAUGAGGCCAUACGCAAUGCCAUGGGCUCCUUGGCCUCCCAGACUGGACCCAAACCCGACAACAAAAAAGAGGAGAAGAAAAAAUAGGCUCUCCGGAUACUGAUUAUGUCUGAUAGACACAACAUGGGUUGGCAGUGAACAUUCUUUGUUUGUGUGUGUGUUUGUUUGUGUGUGCGAGAGAGAGAGAGAGAUCGUUUGGGGGCUUUCCAGGCAUCCUACAGGUUUAUGUAUGUCAUAACACAAAUAUCUAAUUUCUUUUGUCUGCUAAAACCUUGGAUGUAUACUGCAUACUGUUAUAGAUUAAAAAGUCAAGUACCUGUUGCAUUCGUGAGAGAUGUUUCACCAGGGUGACAUUGACUGUUUUACCAUCCAGGGUGGAUCCUAUUCAAAGUAUCCAGGAAUGUAAUCCUGUACCUAAGUGUAUGACCUUGAAAGCUUCCUCAGGAAUGAUGUGGCUUCCUUUUUUCGCCUCUAUUUAGCACUGUAUGUGACCGCCACUUCAGUAAACCCCAGUGAACCAACAAAUCUAUCGCACCAUCUCUGUUUAUAAAUUACAUAGAAAGAUUUAUUGGUGCAAAUGAGAAAGUCCAGUUAAACUGCACGACAUGGCACUGAUAUGGCCUUGAAUCCUAUGAACUUCAAAUGAGAGGCCAGAUAACGAAACAAAUGUAACAUGUCAGACAUUACUCCAAUAGUUAUCUUGACAGUUGACAGUCUUGUCUCUAAAAUGUCCAAUGCACACUGGUCAAAACUCACCUUGUGUGCGUGUGUGUCUUUGGUGUGGCAAUGCAUGGUUUAUAAAAAAAAAAAACUUUUGUAGGAAAGCAGUGGAUAUUGUGAGCUUUGGGACCCUGAAUAAAUUUUAAAAGCUCUUGUAA